AUGUCUUGCAUCCACUACAAGUUCUUCUCCAAGCUGGACUAUGAUACGGUCACCUUCAGUGGCUUCGACAUCUCCCUUUGCGACCUCAAGUGCAAGACCAUGCGCAAGGAGAAGCUGAAGGCAGCCAACUGUGAUCUGCAGAUCAGCAAUGCCCAGACCAAAGAAGAAUACACAGAAGAUGCCCUGAUUCCUAAAAACUCAUUGGUAAUCGUUAAAAGAAUCCCUGCUGGAGGAGUUAAAGCUACCAGCAAAACGGAUGUUACAAUUCGAACUGAGCCAGUGAGCAGAACAUCAGAAGCAGUACGUAAAAACCCAAUCUCACCCUUUUUUUCUACACACUGCACUGAAUUCUAA